AUGUUUUCCACGGCCCGCCGCCUCGUGCCCAUCGCCGACCGCGUCCUCGUGCGCAAGACCGCCGGCGGCAUCUUCCUGCCCGACGCGAACGCGCGGAAGAUGAACGAGGCCGAGGUCAUCGCCGUCGGCCCCGGCGCCAAGGACGACGCCGGCGCGCUCAUCCCCAUGGACGUCGCCGUCGGCGACGUCGUCCUCCUCCCGGAGUACGGCGCGACUCCCGUGACGAUCGGCGACGACGAGCUCCACCUCCUCAGAGGCUCGGACAUCCUCGGCAAGUUCGAGGGCUAG